UUGUGACCAUCUUGGUGGGGCCUACACUACUCUAAAGUCACGAUGGACCAAAAAUGCACCUUAUCUCGAAUAUAUCCUACCCACCCAUCCAUCACCAUUUCAACCACCAAUUAAAUAUCUCUUCAAUUAAAAUAAAAAAUAAAAAAUUGUAAAAGUCGAUCGACAUGGCAGCGGAGGCGGCGAUCUCAUCGGCGGUGGAGCUGCUCGGCAAUCUGCUGAUCCAGAAGGUGAAAUCCCUUCGAGGCGUGGAGGGAAAUAUCCAGUCGCUGAAAGAAGAGCUGGAGUGGAUGCAAUCUUUUCUCAAAGAGGCAAACAAAAGGCAAGCUGGAGACGAAGGGGUGCGUAAUUGGAUAAAGAAGAUCAGAGAAGUUGCUCAAGACGCGGAAGAUACAAUCGAAAUCUUCCUCGUCAAUGUCGAGAAUGCCAAGAAUCGAGGUCUUCUCGAAAGAUGCACUACCUUCCCAAAGCGAAUGUACCACCUCGACAGAAUCGGGCAUGAGAUUGAGUCGAUCCGCGCUAGGCUUGACGCGAUUGACAAAAGCCGCGAGAGGUACGGAAUUAAAGAUUUUUCAGAGUCCGCGGCGGCGGAGCCGGCGGCGCGGAGGUUGCAAGUUGAAUCGCGGCGGCGGCUUUCUCCUCUGCAAAAAGACGAGCACCUGGUGGGCAUUGAAGAUGAUGUGGAGAAGCUGCUGCGAGAAUCGAUUCUCGAUGAGGAGAAGAAAGGGCUCUCGGUUGCGGUUGUAGAGGGCAUGGGUGGGAUCGGUAAAUCAACGCUUGCUCGAGAAAUAUAUAAUCACCGCCAAGUCGUUGCUGGUCGAUUCGAGUGCUGUGGUUGGGUUGUGGUUUCGAGUGAAUUUACGCCUCGAGAAACUAUCAAGCAACUGAUCUUGGAGCUGCCGGAUUCUGACAAGCGUAAGCUGCGUGAAGUGGAGGAGACGACCGGAGACGAGCUGUACCUUCUGCGAAAGCUUCAGGAAAUGCUUCAUCAACAGCUGCAGGGAAAAACUUAUUUCAUAGUUUUAGACGAUGUGUGGGAGAAGGAACAUUGGGAAUAUUUGAGGACUGCUUUCCCUAAUGAACAAGUUAUUAAAUUGACAGAUAAAACAAGUAGAUUAUUGCUUACAACUCGCAACAACGUUAUUGGAAAGUACUGUCAAUAUGUGCAUAAGAUGAAUGUUUUAGAUUCCGAGAAGAGUUGGGAAUUGCUAUUGAAGAAGGCAUUUAUUGGCAGUGUUGAUGGAAAUUGUACAGAAGAAUUGGAGAGCAUAGGCAGACAAAUACUCGAAAAAUGUCACGGUCUACCAUUAGCCAUCAGGGCGGUAGGGGGCUUGCUUGUGGAAACACAAACUCAUAGUGGAUGGAAAGAAGUUCUUAACCAAAUGAACUCUUAUUUGGGAAGAGCUGAAAGCAGUGUAUCAACAAUUUUGGAGUUGAGUUAUCACAAUUUGUCUCCGCAACUGAAAUCAUGCUUCUUGUGCCUAGCCUUCUUCAAGGAAGACGCUACUAUCCCGGCAAAAAGACUGAUAAAUAUAUGGGUUGGACAAGGCUUGAUCCAACAGGAAGGAAGCAGAACAAUUGACGAGAUAGGAAGAGGCUAUUUAAAUGAGCUGAUUAAUCGAAGCAUGGUUCAAGUUGAAGAUGUAAUAAUCGAUAACCACGUAGAAAAUUGUCGCCUUCAUGAUCUGCUUCGUGAGAUAUGCUUAAGAAGAGCAAAAGAGGAAAUAUGUUUGGAGAUUGUAAAGUGGGAGGAACGGAUUUCAUCAGAAUCCUCGUAUAAACCUCGCCAUCGCGUUGUCUAUGGCAAAAAUCUUGAGACUUCAUCACGGGAUCAUAAUAAGUAUCUUCGCUCUCUUUUCCUACUUAAUGUCAAUGGUGAUAGUAAUGUUUAUAUGUCUACUCCAUCUCAUUACUGGAAGAGCUUUCAGCUCCUUAAGAUGCUCGACCUUGACGGCUUUGCAUUUCAAAGACUGCCUCGCUCUAUUCGAUUAUUGACUGGAUUGAAGUGCUUGAGAAUACAUAAAUCUCACAAUAUAUUUCGUGAUGUACUCGGCUCCCGUGCUGGUUGGAUAACCUUAAAAACCUCGAGAUUCUUUGCGUGGAGAAUCAGUUUGUAAAAUUCCCUGACGUUGCACUGGAAAUGGAAAAACUGCGUCACUUUCACGUACAUAGUGUUUAUGGAGGAGCAAUGAAAACAGAGAACUGGAAAAGUAUUGAGAGUUUGAAACUGAUCAGACUUGAGGAUUGGCUUGAAUGCAGCUCGAAACUAACGGCUAGUUGUCAUGUUCGCGAAUUGGGCAUACAUAUGAUUGGAACAGAAGGAAACAAUGAGUUUAGCAGAUCGUUGGAGAAGAUGGUGAAUCUUGUGGAACUACACCUAGAAUUCAAUCCUUCAACGUUGAUGAACUCAAAAUUUAUUCCCCAUCUCAGUAGUCUCACGAAGCUUAAACUGGAUGGUGGGAUGCUGAAAUGUUGUGAUGCGAGUGAGUUCCCUCCGAAUCUUUCUCACCUCACAUUGGAGUAUGCAAAGCUAAUUGAAGAUCCGAUGCCGGAGUUGGGGAAGUUACCGAAGCUGCAGUACCUCAAGUUAUCUAGACGGCGUAUUUCUAAUGAAGAAUGGAGGAUGAAAGUAUUGUGUGAUGGGUUCCCCUGUCUCGAAGCUCUCUCCCUCCAAAACUUGUAUCAACUGAGAGGUAUCGACGUGGAAGAGGGUGUCAUGCCGCGCCUCAAACAACUCCGGAUCCAUAAAUGCCCCAAUUUGGAGAUUGAGAAUCUACCGGAAUACAUCAAAUUUACUGUCAGGAUAACCUAGCUACUCGUACUUAGAUUCAGUUCUAGAGAGCACUCACUACAAAAAAAAGUUCCAUUAGUGACAUGAGGUUUGGUAGCUAUUAUGUGUGUCACAAAAAUUAGUGACAUUUGAUGAUAUAACUAAUCACUAAUAGUUACACUUUCAAACGCCACUAAUUUUUAUGACACGAAUAUUAGCUACCAAGCCUUAUGUCA